AUGGGUUUAAUAGUGACUGGAGACGAUAUGCUUAGACUGGACGAGGCCUUGGCAUUCAUUGCGUUCUGUGACGAGAGAAUUCAUGAUCCUGUCUCCGCAGAUAAUCUGCAUGGAACGCGAGCGUCUAUCUUGCUGGAAGAAAUUGACGAUCUACUAGACCCAGAAGUCCAAGGAUCAGUAUCCGCUGAGUCAAUCAAGACCUCUUCCACGAGUCAUAAUUUGAGUUUAAUAGGGAUACCAUCAGUAACGCCUGCAAGGCAGAAGAAGCGAGUCCGAAGUGCGGGGAGUUCUUCAGCUGUGCUGCAACGCCGCAAAAAAGCUGAGAUCGAAAGUCUGCGCGAGGAAUCGAAGACCCUGGAAACAUAUCUAUCUCACUUGAGAAGAACGGGAGGACCAGAAAAGGCAAUGGCGAUAACGAACGGCGAUGAGUUGCGGUCAGAAUGGCAACGCCACGCUUUCAUUCAGUAUCAACAACGGUACGCGUCUGAACAAACCAAUCGACACCUGAAGGAAUUGCUGAGCAAGCAACAGAGGCUCUCAAGGAAGCUACGACGCAAUUUGUUCAAACGAAACGCGCUAGACGGAAUCGAAUUUGUGCGGACACUCGAAUCGCCCACCUUCGAUGAAGCCCCUUUCAUUGUCAAGGGCUCGAAUGUGCUGAUGAGGCAACUGGAAGACGAAGUCAAUAACAUCUAUUGCGAUUUCAAUCGAAUCUGCCAACCUGUUGAAGACCGUAGCAGUUCUGAGGUGACGUAUGGUGAAAAGUGUAAGGCCAACAUCAUGGAAUUUACGACCACGACGCCUUUGAGCUGGCCCAUGACAUCUGCAUUCACUCAUGUGUGGAAUAUGCUCGAGAGCAGUUUGGAUCGAAGUCGCAAUCCCAACACACUGGAGAGAAGGGUCAAUCUUACGAUUCCAAUCGGCAAUGGUACAUCCUGCCAUUUCCACAAGCUUCACUUCCUGCACAAAUACGAGGAAGAAGACCGUAUUAUUGUCAUUUGGUCCGAUCUCAUGCAGAUGACGACAAGGACUGUCAAGUUACGUUCGCUCGCCUAUGUUGUCUUCACUCCGUCCAAGAACGAUCCAUCACAAGCGUGUAUCAUUCACACAUUUCUUUAA